AACGUGAAAUUAAAGACAAAUUUAUAUGCAGUCAGUUCACCUGGCAGCUGACAAUAUAAUACUGCAAAAAAAUGCCGAUGCCGAUAUCGAAAGCCUCUGUAACUAUCUUCGGAAGAACACUGAAACGGUGGCUGUAAUCUUCACGGGAGUUCAAUUGGUCACCAGGAUUUCUGCAUAUUCUUUAACUGCAGCGAGUCCUGUCGUCUUUCCCUUCGUUUUCUUGGGGACAAAAGCAGAGGAAAUUCGGCCGUAUUGGCUGUCAAGCUUCACGCGCUGUAAAGUUAUCCUACUGGUCAGUUCUUCACUGUCAUUUUCUGAACCCUAUGCAGUAUGGAAUUUUAGAAUUUCGGAUUUCUGGAUUAUGUGUAGUGGGAGUAUUCAUCGUUUCUUGGCAAGGUUGAAUUUAUCUUGUUUGAGGAAGGCCCACCUUGAAGUUUAGCUUAAUUAAUUUGUGACGAUGGUAUGGUUGCUUUUGCGGGUACCUCGUUUUGUGCCUUCUUAUUGGGGUCGGUUUGCUUUUGAGGGAAUAGAUGGGUUUGUGAACUAAAUCAGUUUAGUUAUUUCUUUAAGAGAAGACCUUCUUUUAUGCCACUUCCUUAUCUUAUGUUGGUUGGGGAGAUUGAGGAGGUUUAGAAGCGAUGUCAUCCAAAUCAAACACGAACAAGACGAGUUGUUCUAGGAGCAGCUCUGCUAAGUCGAAACAAAUUGCUCGUAUAGUGGCUCAGACGCCAAUUGAUGCGAAGCUUCAUGAAGAUUUUGAGCAAUCUGAGCGACAAUUUGAUUACUCAACUUCUGUUAAUACCUCCAAUGCCGGCAGUGAUGUUCCUUCUUCGACCGUGUCUUCUUAUCUUCAGAAGAUGCAAAGAGGAAGCCUUAUCCAGCCUUUUGGUUGCUUGAUUGCCAUUGAUGAACAGAGUUUCAGAGUCUUGGCAUACAGCGAGAACGCCCCAGAAAUGUUGGACUUACUGCCACAUGCAGUUCCAAGCAUGGAACAGCAAGAGGUUUUGAGUUUAGGCACUGAUGUUCGGUUGCUUUUUAAAUCUUUAGGUGCCGCUGCACUGCAAAAGGCAGCUAAUUUUGGGGAGGUCAAUGUGCUGAACCCAAUAUUGGUCCAUACUAGAACCUCCGGCAAGCCUUUUUAUGCCAUUCUACACCACAUUGAUGUCGGGUUAGUCAUAGAUCUAGAACCCGUGAACCCUUCUGAUGUGCCUGUAACUGCUGCUGGGGCACUAAAAUCAUACAAGCUUGCAGCCAAAGCCAUAUCGAAACUACAAUCUCUGCCCAGUGGAAAUAUCUCAUUGUUGUGUGAUGUAUUAGUUAGAGAGGUAAAGUAUUUAACUGAUUAUGAUCGUGUCAUGGUUUAUAAAUUUCAUGAGGAUGAUCAUGGGGAGGUUGUGGCUGAGUCCCGUAGGCCUGAUUUGGAACCUUAUCUUGGCUUGCAUUACCCUGCAACUGAUAUACCACAAGCAUCUAGAUUCCUUUUCAUGAAGAAUAAGGUUCGGAUGAUAUGUGAUUGUCUAGCACAUCCAGUUAAGGUAAUUCAGGAUGGAUUGGCCCAACCAUUGAGUUUGGCUGGAUCAACCCUAAGGGCUCCCCAUGGGUGUCAUGCACAAUAUAUGGAAAACAUGGGGUCUAUUGCAUCACUGGUGAUGUCAGUAAUGAUAAAUGAGGAGGACGAGGAUGAUGAUGUGAACAGCAAUCAGCAAAGGAGUAGAAAGCUGUGGGGUUUGGUAGUCUGCCACCAUACAAGCCCCAGGUUUGUCCCUUUUCCUUUGAGGUAUGCAUGUGAGUUCUUGAUUCAGGUUUUCGGUGUUCAAAUCAACAAGGAAGUCGAGCUGGAAGCUCAACUCAGGGAGAGGCACAUACUGCAAACUCAAACUGUGCUUUGUGAUCUGCUAUUAAGAGAUGCUCCAAUGGGUAUUAUAACUCAGUCACCAAAUGUUAUGGACCUUGUGCGAUGUGAUGGAGCAGCCCUAUACUACCGGAAAAAGUUCUGGUUGCUUGGUGUCACACCUCUAGAGUCACAAAUUAAGGAUAUAGUUGAAUGGCUUCUUGUGUCCCAUGCUGACAGUACUGGAUUAAGUACUGACAGCCUUAUGGAAGCAGGCUAUCCUGGUGCUUCAAUUCUUGGUGAUGCUGUAUGUGGAAUGGCUACCAUAAAAAUUACAACUAGUGAUUUUCUGUUUUGGUUUCGCUCCCAUACAGAAAAAGAGAUCAAGUGGGGCGGUGCAAAACAUGAUCCUAGUGACAAGGAUGAUGGCAGAAAAAUGCACCCAAGGUCAUCAUUUAAGGCCUUCCUGGAGGUGGUUAAGAAUCGGAGCUUACCAUGGGAAGAUGUGGAAAUGGAUGCAAUUCAUUCACUGCAGCUGAUAUUAAGAGAAUCUUUGCAAGAAAAAUUAGCAGGUGACUCAAAAAUGAUUGUGAGUGUUCCAUCAGUGGAGACAAGUAUACAGAGGGUUGAUGAACUGCGUGUUGUAACUAAUGAAAUGGUGCAUCUCAUUGAAACUGCAUCAAUACCUAUUUUGGCUGUUGAUGCCUCUGGUAAUAUCAAUGGUUGGAAUACUAAAGUGGCUGAGCUUACUGGUUUAGAUCUACAUAAAGUUCUUGGUACUCCCUUUGUGGACCUAAUAGUUGAUGAUGCAAUUGAACCAGUGAACCGCACCCUCGCCCAAGCAUUGCAAGGUAAGGAAGAGAAGAAUGUGGAAAUCAAGCUAAAAACCUUUGGUGCUCAGGAAAAUGAUGGUCCUAUCACUUUGGUUGCUAAUGCAUGUUGCAGUCGAGAUGUGAAAGAAAAUAUAGUUGGGGUUUGCUUUGUUGGGCAAGAUGUUACAGGGCAAAAGAUGAUACUAGACAAAUAUAGUCGUGUACAGGGUGAUUAUGUUGGUAUUAUGAGAAGCCCAUGCCCCCUCAUUCCUCCUAUUUUUAUGAUGGACGAGAACGGGCUUUGUGUGGAAUGGAACAAUGCAAUGCAAAAAUUGUCUGGUCUUAAGAGGGAAGAAGCCAUUGGGCAAAUGCUUCUUGGUGAGGUCUUCACAGAGCAUCCGUUUGGCUGCCAGGUCAAAGAUCCAGAUACUUUAACAAAGCUCAGAAUAUUGCUGAAUACUGUAAUUGCUGGCCAAAAUGCUGAUAAAUUAGUCUUUGGAUUCUUUGAUCAGCAACAAAAAUAUAUUGAGGCAUUGAUUUCAGCAAACAAGAGAACAGAUUCUGAAGGCAGGGUCAGCGGAGUGUUGUGCUUUUUGCAUAUAAGUGGCCCUGAGCUUCAGCGUGCUAUGCAAGUUCAAAAAAUAGCCAAACAGGCAGCAGCAAAUACCAUAAGAAAGUUAGCCUAUAUACGCCAUGAAAUGAGUAAUCCUUUGAGUGGGGUAAAAUGCAUCCACAACCUGAUGACAUCUACAGAUUUGAACAAUGAACAGAAGCAGAUAUUAAAGAUUAGUCAAUUGUGUUGUGAUCAAAUUGCCAAAAUCAUGGGGGACACCGAUGUUGAAGGCAUUGAAGAAAGUUGCAUCGAGAUAAAUUCUGAUGAAUUUAAUCUUGGAGAAACUUUACAAGCGGUCCUGUAUCAAGUCAUGAGUCAAAGUAGGGAGCAGCGAGUGCAGAUCAUCUGCGAUUUACCUUCAGAUGUAUCAUCAAUGUUCCUAUAUGGUGAUGGAUUGAGGCUUCAGCAAGUGCUUGCAGACUUUCUGGCUACUGCUCUCUUGUUUACUCCAGAUUUUCAAGGCUCAAUAAUUCUUUUCAAACUAGUCCCGUCAAAAGAGUUUGUGGGGACUCGAAUGCAGGUUCUCCAUGUGGAAUUUAGGAUCAGUCAUCCAUCUCCGGGAGUACCCAAGGAAUUAAUACAGGAGAUGUUUUGCUAUAGCAAUAAUGUGUCAAGAGAAGGUCUUGGCCUCUACAUAAGCCAGAAGCUUGUAAGGAUUAUGAAUGGUACGGUGCAAUACCUCCGGGAGGCUGACAAAGCAUCUUUCAUCAUUAAAGUAGAAUUCCCAUUUGCCAAGGAAUCCAACUCAAGCUGAUAGUUAACCCUAUGCAAAACCAUCCCAUAUGAUCUCAUUAAGGUUCGCAAAAGCUCCUUGCCAAUGGUUCUGCUGAAAAUGUACACACCCGAUUCAUCUUGGGGGCUUCGACAGACAACUGGACUCCGCAAUUCUUGACAAAUAUCAAUAACAGGUUGGUCUUACAUUUAAGCCAUAGAAUGCUUAUCUUGUAAAUGAAUGUCUUUUGCAGUUUUAUCAAGGUUUCUUGAUGUUUCGCUUGCAGACAACCUAUGCUAUACAUAAGAUUAGGUUCAUAGGGGUGUGUAUCUGUGUGUAUGUAUUACAUACAGGGCGACAUGCAGAAAAGUUUAAAACAUAAAAUUGAAAUAAUUAGGAGAUAAUUAAGUAGUUAGAGAUGAAAGAAUUAUAUAAAGGUGGGAUAAGAAUAUUAGUUAAAAGUGUGAGAAAGGGGUAGAGGAGAAGAUGCCAAUGGGGUGAGAUGAAAUGAUGAAUAGGACCCAUCAUACAGUGCAAUGGUUGGCUGUAUCCAAAUUACAAGGAUCAGUUGGGAUGUUAGUGAGGGGAGAAUUUCUUCUGAUACACACUUGUUGUUUUGCCAUUUAAUUUUCUUGUUGCAAUUGUGACUUGUGAGAAUUCUAAAUACAUUUUGCUGAAGUUGUCUUGUAGUGGGUGUAAGUGCUUUUUGGAACUAGUGUUGAGAUUGCUACAA